AGAGAAAAUAAACAAUCAACCUUUAUGAAGUCAUGCCGUCCAACAUCGAGAUUAAAGCAAGGGUACAUGACGUCACUUCACUACACAAACUGGCCUCUGAGCUCAGCCAAUCACAGGGCUCCCAGCUGGUGCAAGAGGACACCUUCUUUUGUGUGCCAAGGGGAAGGCUCAAGUUAAGGCAUCUAAAGGGUUGUCCUUCCGAGCUGAUCUCCUAUGAUAGACCGGACCAGCAGGGCCCUAAAGAGUCUGUGUUCUUCAUCGCAAAGGUUCAGAACCCAGAAGAAAUUAAGGUGACUCUUGGGCAUGCACUGGGUAUCCGAGGGAUAGUGAGAAAGCUGCGGACCCUAUAUCUAGUUGGACAAACCCGAAUACAUGUGGACAAUGUGGAGAAUCUGGGACAUUACAUGGAGUUGGAGGUGAUGAUGCAGCCUGGCCAAUCAGCAGACGAGGGAGAACAGAUAGCCAAUGAGCUGAUGGAGAAACUCGGCGUCAAGUCAUGUGAUCUCAUUGACACUGCUUAUAUAGACAUGCUGGAACCAACCAAUCAGCACACUUCUAAUUAGUACAGAUAAGAUAAGACUAAAUGCGUAAAGGGAAAACUGUAUGAAAUAUUGCCAAAGCAGUUACUCAUGCAACUGGAUAUGAUUUUUGAAACAGUCAGAGUCACUGACGAAAGACACUGGAUGGCUGUCUAAAACGUCUGACUGUUUCUUAAAUCAUAUCUAGUUGCUUGAUUAACUACUUUUUUGGCAUAUGCUAUUACUUGGAUGACUAACAUUGAAUGAACUACAGUACCUCUUUCAACCUCCUUGAAAUAUCUAUUUAGUAGCCAACGGUUAUAUUGACAGUAACAUUAUUUAAUAUUGGUAAAACCAUGCCCAAGACAAGUAGAAUAGAAUUGAAAGAAAAAUUCUCUUCAAAUGGCAUCGAAGAUAAAGUGAUGUUGAUCAAACAAUCACGAUGGAAGUGUUACAUGUUAGGCAGGUGUGACAAGCAGAGUACUGCACUGAUAUGAUAUGCUUUCAGUCAAAGUCAAGUUGUUUAUACUACUGGUUUUCUGUGAUGAAUGUGGUAGACUCCCUGUUGUGUUAAUCCCAUCAGAUGCCAUUUGAAAGAUUCAGUUUUUACAGUGUACUACAUGUUACUAUUUAGUAGAUGUGUCAUUUUUCCCUCAAGAAGAAGCAAAGAGUAUGCAACUUGUGUUUCUUGCAAUAAACAUGUCACCUUGUUUAUA